AUGAGAGCCCAAUCAGCGCGGAGUCUGGCAUUGUCCACUUUGCGAGUCACGCGCCAAUUCUCGACAUCCGACACUGCUGCUGGCCUGUCAGCUCGCUUGCGCAAACAUCGCCGUAACUCGUCUGCUUCGACGACAACCAAAGGCGUAGCUUCAUCAUCGUCAUCAGCAACGGCGCCAGCAACGUCAGCAAAAAGCACAGUCGAAUCAGCGACAUCUUCAUCCGGUACAUCGAAUACAGCAGCUGGUCAGCGACUAUCGCCCAAUCAACGUAAGGCCGCCUUUCGAGCGCUACGACAUGUCUCUCGCUCAAAUGCUCAGACACCGACACUGCCAUCCUCUCCUGCUUCACUCAAGUUUGUCGAGAGCGCAGACAAAGGCAAGGCAAAAGAAUCGUCCUAUUCGCAACCCGCUUCGACCUCAGCCCACUCUGCCACAUUGUUGAGAGAGCUCAACGCACUCGAUGAUCUGCUAGAUUCGCUUCAGAGUCAAGCUUUCUCCAUCUCGCAGCGACUCAAGAACCUAGAAUUACGGCGAAAGAAUGGUCCCUCUGACAAACUCCAAGAGACGUGGGGUCCCGAUCGCCUCUCUCCGCCCACCGCUGAUGUAGCAGGUGACGCUAAAGAAGCCUGGUCUGCCGCCCCUGGCGAGUCACAACCUUCGUCGUCCAAACAUGCAGACAAGCGAUUCUCCGACGAGCCCAAGACCAAGCUCGUUCACGGUAACGACUUACUCGCGCAGUCCAAUUUGCGCUGGCGAGAUGGAAAGGGCAAGACGGUCGGCGGCAUCAAGUACAGUGGGCCGUUUGCGGACGAGCAAAAGAAGUGGACGGAAUCCGUCACAGGUUGCGUCUCGGCUCAAGGAGUGCCUGUCGACAAGGUGGCACCUCUGCGCGAGAUGGAAGUUGCCAAGCUGGCGCAUGGACUUGAUCGAGUGCUCUUCAAUCCAGGCAUCUACUGGCUGCGCGAUCCUCGUUCGGGCAUCUACAACUUUGAUCCGCGUAUCAAGGAUAUUCUCGACGUCGAUCUGUUCGAUUACGCCGCUCUCCCUCCCUACGUCACUUCGAGCAAGGAUCCCGAGCUGGCGACACUCACCAAAAAACAUCAGAAGAAGUACUGCGGCAGUACAUCCUCCAUGACAUCGCUCUUGAGCCAGUGCUACUUUCUCAUCUCGGGCUGGCGCAAUCCAGACGUCACCGGCUUCUCGGCGCCCUUUGCCGGUCUACCUAGCGGUUUCAGCGUCGGUGCCAAACUGCCCGCCUCGAUUCUCUUGCAUUACAAGGACGGCCACUACGCCAUCGACGCCGACAAGACCGCCGCGGGUGAAGCCGAGAACAGCAACUACGUGCUCACCUCGCUCGGCAAGAGUAUGGAAAAGAUGCUCACCGCCACCCCAGAGGAGUACGCAAAGUACAUGCGCAUCAACUCGUGGAAGCUGACUGAAGAGGAGAAAACCAAACCGGAAGCCUACCAUUAUGCUUGUACGGAUAAGAUCAUGAUGCGUUCGCAGCUCGACUGUCACGACGAUCGCUUGCCGCGCAAGACGUUCGACCUCAAGACACGCGCUUCGAUCGGUAUCCGCCACGACCGCGCCAACUACGUCGAGGGUUCGGGCUAUCAAAUCCGCCGCGCCACCGGCGUGCUCGAGAGCUUUGAGCGUGAGUACUUUGACAUGAUCCGAGCCGCUUUUCUCAAGUACAACUUCCAAGCUAGGAUCGGUCACAUGGAUGGCAUCUUUGUGGCGUAUCACACGACUAGCACCAUCUUUGGGUUCCAGUAUAUCUCCGUAGAGGAGAUGAACGAGAGGCUGUUCGGCAGCCAGGAGAUGGCGGAUCAGGCGUUCAAGCUGAGUCUGGGGUUGAUGGAAAAGGUGCUCGAUGCCGCGACGAGCAUGUUCGAGGGGCAGACGUUGAAGAUUACCGUCGAGACCAAGGAGAAGAGCGAGGCGGGCAUGACGGUGUACGUCGAACCUGCUCAUUCACCAUCGCAGCCGAAAGAAGGUGUUGAGCCUACCGCGAACAGCGAGGCCGGCAGCUCGCGCAGCAUUGCCCAGCUAGACAUCACUGUCGACCGCUACCUCGACGGCGGGCUCAUGCUGGGCCCUGUCGACUUCUCCCACCUGCCCGGGCGACGCAUUGACCCCUUUUCAGACGACGAGAUCGAACGACGCAUGCGCUCCUCACUCCCCGCGGUACGCUGGGAAAUCGACUACUCGAUCUCCCCGCGUCCGGACCUAACCGAAUCCAAGAUCCGCACCCACCUCGAUGCAGUGCGCGCCAAACAGGCCAGCCUCAACUCGCUCAUCUUGCCCAAUGUCGAAGCGCUUAACGAGCGCGAACGCUAUCGAACCGACGAGUUGGCCAAAAACCCGGAAGCGUUGGCGCGGUUUUUGGAGGAACGCAAGACGGGCGUGGCCGCGGGUAUGCCUCUCGCACCGGGCCAGGUGUCGGCUGCUCAAGCUACGACUGAGGGGGUCGCAAAAGAAGCUCCGCUGCCGGAGGAUGUUUUGGACCCAACAUCGGCGUCGAGCCCGCGUAGGAAACAGGCUGAAUCGCGCUUUAUACGGCUGCGCAACGCCCGCACGCUGCGAAUGCGCGAACUGGCCAAACUCGGUGCCAAGGACGCGAAAGACAGCAAUAGGGACGAUAAGCUCAUUCUCUACCAGCCUAGAUCCUAA